CCGUGCGUGAGUGUGUGCGUGUCGGUGCCAGCCGGUGCGGGCGGCGAGGGCGCAGUCGCCGGAAGUGGGGGAAGAAGAAGCUCGCCGCGUUCGCCUUCGUCAGUAGUGGAAUAACCUGGCGGAGGAGAGCCUUCGGCCGGUCCGCGCGCGCGUGUGCUGCUCUUCCCCGUCUGCUGGCGCUCACUCGCUCGACGCGGGAGGAUCGCGGGCUCGCACUCGCCACUCGCCACGUCGGAAGGAGCCUGGGCGUCGUUUCAACCGCAGAGUCUAGUUCCCAAGAUGAGAGACACGAACUCCAAGGGCGUGGAGCGAGGCAGCACGAGCCGUGUGUGCUAGUGAUGUAAACGCAAGAUCCCUCCGGCCGGGUAGUGUUGGGUGUGGCACUACACCUCACCCUCGAGCCACUCACGCCCCGCCCUCAUGCAAGGACGUCCUCACCCGCUCCAGGCUAGCGCCUCCUUCUCCAGGAUGAACUGCAUGGGCCUCUUGUCGCGCGGCGCCGCUACCAGCGAGUCGCUGCCCCGGCCGAGCGAGUCCGACCCAGCCAAGCUCACGUCCUACGUCAGGACGGACUCGUACGCCGGCGCCGGGGAGGGCAAGUCGCCGUCGCCGCGGUUCUCGGAGGAGGGCGGCCAGUACUUUUCGCUGGGGGGCGUGCCGUCGCCCAGGUCGUCGGGCAGCCUGGGCGGCUUCAUCGGCGCCGACGACCUGUUCCUGAACGGGCAGCUGAUGAGCAGCACACGCCCCAUGCACCUGCCGCCGCUCUCGCACUCGGGCCUGCUGGCCAAGCAGGAGUACGAGAACAUGGAGGCCUCGUCUCUAUUCAGCUAUGGCACGCUGGGCGCGGUGGGCGACACGGGCGCGCGGAGCAGGUCCCUGGAGGACGUCCUCGGGAGGCACGCCGACCCCGAGACGCGCAGGUCGCCCAAGGUCCCGGGGACGUCGCCGUCGCCGCGCUUCUCCGCCCCGGAGAAGGAGGCCGGCGAGGACGACGACGAGGAGAUCCAGCCGAGGAGUGAGGACGAGGGCAACGAGGCCGAGGACGAGGACACGAGCCUCGAGGAGGAGCUCAACUUCGCCAACGACUACGUGUACGGGUUCUAUGAUGAGGUAAGACACCCUCGAGGGUUGGUGGCCCCCUAUGAGGGGAGCGGGGAGAGCGGGGGUCCUGCAUGUGGAUACAAGUGCCGCGGUCAAAGGACUCGCUGCUCGUGCCAGGGUCUGACCUCGCGGGAUUGGAUUUCGAAAGCGGGCAUCGUCGAGCACGCUGACGGGGACGCGGCGGCGACAGGGCGGACGUAG